CGCCAGCGUUUAGUCUGCCGCAGUCAGCAGCGCGCGUGGGUUGUAUCGUAUCGUGUUGCGUCGCGUCGCCUUUCCUCUGAAUUCUCUCUCUCUCUUUCUCUCUGUUUUUCGCCGUAACUCUCCUCGGCGACGAGAGUCACGCGAGUAGAGAGGCAACACGGGUACGAGUGCGAGGAGAAUUCACGCGAGAGAUCGUGCAAUUGCGUGAGGCCGGGACGAGGGAUCCCGAAGCGGCCUGAAGUUUGCGUUUCUUUGCGCGCGCUGCGCAGCAUCCUGUGCGCGGCGACGUUGCGUUCGCGCUCUUUCGCCUCGUGCGAAAGGAGAUCGCAAAUUCCCGCGACCUUUUGCGCGUCCUUAUUGUACGCGCGCGCGGCGGCGGCGCGCGGGCUUGUGUGUGUUCGCGGGUUACGCGGAAGGAUGUGACAGUGUUCGCGCGUAGCAAACGACCGCGAGCCGGUGAGCGCGUAAGUUCGUCCUCGAGAGUGUUUGCCGGUCCCCGUCGGCGUCGCCGAAGUUUCCGAGUAUCGCGGUGUGUCGCGGUUGUGCGUGCGGCGUACUCUGUGGUGAUGCCAGAGGCGGAUAACGAACAACGAGUAGUCGGGAACAAGUCGGAGGAGCUGCGACAACGAGCGCGCUGAAGGUGUCCGCGAAGCAAGGACGACGUGAAGUUGCCGCCGCUGUGCCUAACCAACGGAUACCUGCGGGUACGUGCCGGACGGCAGCUCUCUCUCUCUCCACACGAUCGUUCGCGAUUAGUGGCGUAGCGGUGUUUGCGGUCCACGAGCGACGAUAAUAGCUCGGAAGCAUUAAUCAUCCGGACGUUCCUCUAUCAUACUGUUGCAAGUUGCGAGGCUUUCCACUUCGUCCUGUUCACUUUGAAGCACAACCGCAAAAAGUAAAUAUUCGGGCCAUGUUUGAACGGAGCUGCAUGCAGGAUGCCGACCGCUGAGAGACACGAUCGCGCCGUCCACGUAGCUCAGGAGAAACUAUCCCGGUUCGACACGUAGCACCACCCUCGGUCCAAGUGGCACUCGGUGGAGUCGUGAGCAUUGCACGGGUCUAGAACGAACGAUUCGCGUGCGAGAUGGGACCGAGAAUGACGGCACGGUGGCUGCUCUGCGCGGCAGCCCUUACGAUCGCCCUGUGUCAAGGUCAGGAGGACUGGAUGCAAUGCUCGUCCGCGUGCAAGUGCAAAUGGGUAUCCGGCAAGAAGACCGCCGAGUGCAUCAAGCAAAACCUCACGCAGGUGCCGGGUAAUCUCUCAUCCGAGAUACAGAACUUCGAUUUGACCGGCAAUCGCAUCAGUCACUUGGUCCACGAUGCUUUCAUCCGCGUCCAUUUGGUGAAUCUGCACAAACUGGUGCUGCGCGAGUGCGGCAUCGAGUCAAUUCACACGGGCGCCUUCAACGGCCUGAAAAUCAUUAUCGAGAUCGACCUGUCGGGAAAUAACAUCCAACGUCUACACCCGGGCACCUUCUACGAGACCCAGAGACUGCGAGUACUGCUGCUUAAUCAGAACAAGUUGCGCGUACUGGAGAACGAUCUGUUUUUCAAUCUCACGUUCCUGCAAAAAGUUGCGUUGUCAGACAAUCGACUGGAGAGGAUCGAAAACAGAACGUUCCGCAAUCUGCCGGCUCUGCACUCGCUCACGUUGGACGGCAAUAACUUUAGCACCCUGCAACUGCAGAGUUUCGAGAGCCUGCCCAAACUCGGCAGUCUCGAGCUACAGAAUAACCCAUGGAAUUGCAACUGCCAUCUGAAAAAGUUCCGCGAUUGGACGAUCGAGCGCAAGCUCUACACGAAGCCGACCACCUGCCAGGAACCGCCAAACAUGGCCGGCAAGAUGUGGGACGAGGUCACCAGCGACGAGUUUGCGUGCAGGCCGAAAAUCGUCACCAUCGGUCCGGCGUCCAAGGUUGAAAUGGGCAAAGGCGACAUCACCCUUUCUUGCAAGGCAACGGGAAUUCCGCGUCCGCAGUUGUCUUGGGCACAUCGGACGCGGAUUUUGAGUAACCAGAGCAAACGUCCGAACAGCGACAGGGGUUACAUGCUCGCGUCGAGUCACGAUUGGUUAAACCUGACCAUUCUCGACGCGACGUCGUCCGACAAGGGCGACUACGUCUGCCACGCGAAGAGCCCCGGUGGUGACGCCGAGAGGAACGUCACCCUGGCCAUCGUGGGCGACACUCUGAGUGGCAGGGAGAAUUUCAUCAGUCUGCCGCUCGCCAUCGGGCUCGGUGUCACGGCAUUGUGCCUGUUCAUCGUCACGGUGGUUUUAUGCGUGUGCUACUGUCGUCGCCGACGGAUCAGGCACGACGAGAAGGGCCUCGAGGCGGCGUCCUUGGAGCACCACGGCCUCGGCGAGCAGGAAAAAUCGCUCAUCACCACCAUCAACCCGGUGGUGAAGCCGCCGAGGCGCUACGAGGCGCCGUCGGUGACGUCCCACGGCACAGAGAUGACGGAGCUGAAUCGCACCCUGCUGGACAACGACUCGGUCUUUGCUGACGGUGUCGGGACCGGUGUCGUCGGCGGGGUAGGCGGCGGCGGCGGCGGCGGCGGCGGCAUUGGAGACGAGAGGGAACACGAACGAGCCACGCCGGAACUUGACAGGAGCGGCGGUGGCGGCAGUGGCGGUGGCGGUGGUAGCGGUGGUAGCGGUACAUUGCCACGUGGCGGAGCCGGUUACCAUCACCGGCAAUAUCCGCCGGACCUGCUGGCCUUCUCCGGUGGACGCGGUGCAUCGCCAACCAGCCAAGCAUCGACGGCGCCCGACAGCACGCGUCUACCUAAUCAGCAUGCGGCAACCUCGAUGACACCGACGGCGACGACGGCGGCGAUGGCGGCAUCGUCGUACGGUUCGCCACCGCCUGGUCAGUAUCACCCGGCCGGCUUCAAGACGCUGCCUCAUAGCCGCAGCGUCACGCCGUACGGCCUGGGACCAUCGUCAUCGUCGUCGUCGCCAAUGGCGCCGGUAUUGCCGCGUCACGGCUACGUAACGAUUCCGCGACGACCUCGGGCUCCGAGCUGGAGCAGCGGGCCCCCGACGUCACCCACGGACGUUUUCGAGCCGGUCUACGACAAUCUCGGGGUGCGCACCACAGCGGACGGUAGCUCGAAAUUGUCGCUAAACAAGAGCCCGGAACCGGUACCGGCAACGUCUAUGCGAGGACGACCGUUACCGGGCACACCCGGUGGCUCGCACUAUGGCACAAUCCAGCGCAGCACACCGAACAUCUUGGCCGGCAGCCCGCUGGAUCGGGCGGCGCCGGAGGGCGCGGCCGAAUGGCCAAUCAAGCUCACGGACGAGAACAUGGACGGCGGUCACCCGUUGCUGGUCCAGCAGCAGCAGCAGGCCGCCACCGCUAGCAAUACCCUUGGUAGGAAGGUGCCACCAAGGCCGCCGCCAAAACCCAAGAAGAAGUCCGCCAAUGGACCGACCCUGUACGAGGAUGAGGGCGAGGACGGCACGGAAGUAUGAUACCACGGGCGUCGUCCACGAUGAGGACGACUGGUCGUAGUACGCCACGACGGGGCGCGCGCGACCACGCUUACAAUAAACCGGUAGUGCCUUUUGAGACGCACGUCUCGCGCGCGGGAUUUCUCCGCUUUGUAUCGGUAAAUCGCGGAAUCAUCCCUGGAGACUGGAGACGAGAGGAAAUCCCGGCAAGUUUCCUCCUCGCCCCUGCUCUUUCAACGAGACGGAUUUACGGAAGGAUGACGCUGAUUGAGAUCCGAUGGACGACGACGUCAUGAGAAUUCGACGAUCGGACAAUCAUCACCUCCAGUCCCUUCCUCCUCCUCACCUUUCGGCUCCCGUAAGUCUCUCUCCCUUAUCUCAUAAGUUAUUUAUUGAACCAGAGAGAAAUCACUGGACCACGGAAAGGAUUUUUUUUUAUACCGCCCAAUCACUCGACAAUGUCCCCGUUUUGUACCCUCGACCCCUCCUAUCCUGUAUUCUUUUUCUUUUCGCUUUGCUUUUUGUCGCAUCGGGUCCCUCAGCGCAUUUAUUUGGCGCUCGCCGUGCGCGGUGAGGUGAUAACGUGAUAAAUGUGAAUAAGGUACCGGACAUUGUCGCCGGGCUUAGUCGAUAGGGCGAAAUUCGUUCACGUUCCGCGUGAAAUUCACGCGAGACACGAAGCAGCUGCGGAACGCUGAAUGCAAAUCGUUCCGACGAGGGCGAUAAUACCAGCGAAUUCGUCUUGUAUUCGUGCACUGCGCGCAAUGGGGAAUCGCACGAUCGCGUUAUGAUCGGUACGAUUCUCACGUAUAAUAGAUGUAAGUGUCAAGGACCCGGACUCGGGAGAAAGGUAACGUUUUGCACGUGUUACGCUCGUGCAGGAAACGCAUCGAGAGAAUUUAAUACUGUUAAGGAUCUACGUAGCUGUUACACGUCGUCCCAUCGCGUUUUUCAUUUUUAACGUGGUGAUUCCGGACAUUUUCUGUCGACAUUGUAGCAAGACUCGUCGCAUUCGCGAACUCGCCGAGCUUAUCGCGGAUGGUAACGAUCUGUGUCUCUUCUCCUUCUAUAUGCAUCGUUGGAUCGAACCCAAUACCCGUGCAGGUGUCCCAUACUCCGUCAGCAACGUUCCUCACUAUGAAUCAUUGCAAAGCAUCGCUACGCGGCUACGCCAAGUAAAUUGAUGAGAUUCCGUACACUUUAAUCAAUCGGAAGAAUUAUGGUUCAAUCAUUUUGAGAUAUCGGAGCGUCGUUAACGCAGCAUGGAAUGCCGUUACGGUAACGGUGCCAGUUGGUAUCGUCGUUAAACGGAUAAUAUCUAUCGCAGUAAUGUGUAUAAAUCGGAAAAUUGUAGACUUAAGGAUCUUCGCGAAUGGAACUCGUGAACGUGUGUUAUAACUCGUAAUAACAAUUGACCACGUGUUACCGCGUAGGGAUAAAAAUGGUGCACGAGUCCAAGGAACCAUACGCGAGUGGCGUUCGCGCGUUUGCUUCUGCCGACGCUCACCGUAACGAUAUUGCGACCUUUGAAAUUCAAAUAUAAUCGAUCGCCCUCGAAAUGACCGAGUUGCCCGAGAUACACGGUGCAUAUUCUGGAAACGCGGCCAAUUUAGCGUCGCAGAACCCCCUUUCCGCGCCGCCAUCAUUGCGCUUGAGUAACGCGAAAAAUCACCGGUUUAAUGUAGAUACUCUUGCGCAUCGAGUCAAAUUUACUACGGGACUCGAGACUUAUUGAACGCGCAUUCCAAUUAGCAACAAUUACAGCCACGUUCGACGAUUAACAAUUCCAGCAACGCACGUAAUUUCUGGAAACUGUGAAAAAUCGCGCGGUGGAGAACAGCAGCACGCAGCGCAGGGUUCAUCGAAGGGGCUGCGACGUGCACCGAGGCAGAAACGGAUUGGGGUGGAUAUGAUUUAGAAAGAUGGCGAUAUCGCAACACGUCGUAAACGUGGAGCGAGGAUUGAGCACGCGGCACGAGGGGUACAUUCGAUCGACGUGACGGUUCCACGGUCCCAUCGACGACGAUAUAUCGCCAAGUGGAAACGUCCACGAAAGCGUCCAUGUAUCAUCGGCUAGCGUACGUCGGACUUAUGGUGCCGAAUGCUUGAUAGUCGAUAAAUCGCUCGACCUUUCUCGACUGGAGAACGCGUGACUCGUCGGGGGCGAUUGGCAUCGCGCGCGACGAUGGCGGCGGCGCGAUUUUUCCCCCGUCGAGGUUCUCCAAAUACCAUCUCGCCAAGAAACUCAUUCGAGGGAUGCGUUUCUUCUUUCUCCACCCUGCCUGCCUCUUUCAGAAUGCGAUUGCCGCGAUACGAGAGUGUAUGUCGCUGCCCUCCAAUCUCCUCUUCCUCCAUUAUCUUCCGCCCUGGUUAAUCCCGUCGAUUUGCCGUUUCCGCGACACGGAACGCCGAGUCGCAAUACAUCGUGAUAAGAGGUGCUUACGUGCUUACUCGCUCGCGUACAAACUCGAGGAGUCGCGUCAACCGUACCCCGAUAUUUCACCGGAUACGGCGCAGGGAUAGGUGGUACGGCGAACGUUCUUUAACUGCGAAUUUAUCGCCGGUGAGCUAGCUACUUCGCCAUGCUUCUUCCUUUUUACCCGGGGCGACGGGGGCAGGGAUUAACGUUCUGUCCCUCUGGCUUUAACGGAGAUUUCGGACGCGAUUGUACGCAACUUGUUGCGAUUGCACGACUGCAGUACUCCGCGCCGUUAUCGAAGCGCAGCGCCAAGCAGCCGGCAGGAAAGGGGCGGCGGGGUGAGGCGUACAAUUUCCGAUGAGAGCCACGCAAACCUGAUUCACCGCCGAAUGGUGCUCGAACGGUGCUCGAAGGGUGCCCUCGUUCAAUCUCUGACCCCCCCGGCAACCUCGGAUUCGCGACCUGCAUCCCUACUCUGCUGAGGCGAGACGCGUCGAGAUUCUCCUCCGUGAAUGAUGGUAUCCCAAUAUACGAAGUACCACCGUGAAGGAGAUGAAAAGCAAAAUCGCACUUCAUCCCGCCGCUCUAAAUCUGACGAAUCGUCCUCUCUCACGCGGAUUAUAAGCAUGUCGCAAUAGUCCUCGGUAUUAAAUAUUUCGAUACUUCAAUUAAUUUCAAUUAGAUACUUUAACUCGACCGAGAUUGAAAUCCCCUCGAAAUGAAUUACCUGAUAAUAAAAUGAAUUACUUCGUAUCCAGAGCUCUCAUUACCCUUCUCACGAAAUCUCCCGCUCCUCGCGAUAUUACACAGAUAUCUCGGCAUUAAAUCCGAACUCGGUACGAGUUCAACCCCUUUAACUUACCUGGGUUUAUUUUUCUUCACCGAAUUACUUCUUACAGUUUGCGUACCAUUGGUAACUCGUGCAGUUGGAAAUUCGUAGAUGUAGCGGCGCGAUGCAAGAACCGGGUUCCAUCCAAGAUUAUUCCGCGCAGUAUUACGAGCUUCAGCUCGUAGGGGAUGGCCGCCCGGGUGAGAUAUAGCGGGGAAAAUAGCGACGUAGUCGCGUCAUCCCUAAUUUUCGCCGCGUCGCUCUGUGUGCUCGACCAGCGACGUAUCCCAUGGACUGCAACGCUUAUUCAGCGCAACCAUUGCGCGAGAAAAAUUUUCGGACACGUCACGACGGGGUUUGAUCGCGCGACGACCCGCUUUCCUCGCGAACCAGUGCCAACUAACGGCGAUCUCUCUUUCUCUCUCCCUUCGCUCUUUUCUUCCGACGUCAUGGAACGUAAUCUGCGCUUCCUGCGUUUCUUCUCUGCCCUUCUCGCUCAUAUCGUCGUUCGCGCGAACAAGAGGAGGAUCGCGACAAGGGCGCGGCGAAAAGUAAUCGAGACCGCGUAUCGGGGAACGUCGAACAGUAUUUUAAGCGGCCUAGCAGAGUCGCGGCUCGCCCUGCAUCGCGACCCCCAUGCUGUGCUAUGUACAUACACUCUCUCUCGACCGCACCCCCUGUUUCCCAUUACACUAUACUGUUCAUAUUGUAAAUGCCACACAUACGAUGGAAGGGUCCGCACGGCAUGAGGGUCCGGUAGUCGACGGGUGCCACGAGUAUAUUUUUGUAAUUUUGUAUUUUGAAUUGCGCUCCCCGCCCGCUCGCGCGGACGUCUCACCUGGGACCGUAGGCCCCCCGGAUCAUCGGCCAUACAUUGUCUGUCGAUAUCACGUAUCUGCAAACGAUCGGUGUUCCUUCGGGGAAGGCAAGGCAGAAGACACCGACGCGUUUCCGUUCCAGCGCUGUGGGAAAGUGCGGCCAUCCGAUCGGUUAACGUAGCAAACACAUGUACUUCCCUCGCACCCCCACGGCCACGCUAUGAUAAUUUAUUGAUCGUCGCUGAGUGCGUAUCGUGAAUCGCGAUUGCGAACUGUCGUCGCUGCGCUGCACCGAUCGAUCGCAGCGGAUCACACCCGGCCUCGUUUCCGCAUUCCGAAUGCGACACACAUCUUCUGGAAAAGCUCUCCCGCGUCUUAACGAGAAACUCGUAAUAACUCGUGAUAAUCCGGAGAAAUAAUCGAGUGAGAAAUCCUUCUUGAUUCUUGCAGCCAAGCACCAAAAUUCGAACGGAUUCUUCGAGACAUUGACUGAGCAAUCGAACGUGUUUGUUAUUUUCCCGGUAACAGAAAAAUUAUUGGAUAUUACAUUUCUCAUUAUUUUCAAUUCGUUAAAGAUAUCCGCGUUUGCUAAGAAUUUUUAUUAAAUCGUUAUUCAUUUGUACUCUUUUCAUUGGUGAGAACAUGUUGCCAUGACAACGAUUAAAGCGUAACUGGAGCAUGAUUAAAAUUGUGACUUUGUACGAACGAGGGAAGAGGGUGCUUCACACUUGACGUUAAUCAUCGGCCUCGUGACAACGCGAUGUAUAUCGCGAAUUCUCGGCGCUCAAUUAUCUAUGCAACUGCCGUGUUGUUUGCGCGAUAUUUCGAAUAUCACGCGUGCACACUUCUCGCUUCCAAUACCUUUCGAUUCGUACGGCUCGUGAAAUGGCCUGUGUGUGUGUGUGUAUAUAUAUAUAGAUAUAUAUAUAUAUAUACAUAUGUACGUAUGUGCGUAACGAUAAUUUACAUUAAAAUAGGGUAAUUUACGAUUGACACAAGCAAGCUCAUUUGCACGACUCCCAUUUGUACGCGCUGCAGAUGAAGAGUCAGUCCUCAGUUCAUCGAAAUCAGUAGCAGCGUUAUUCCGGUAAUUUUAUCGUAUUCGUACAUCGUAUUCAACACAUCCCAAUGUAUUCGUAUCGUUCAUUAUCGGCGGUUAAAUUAAAGUUAUUAAUAAUUCGAUGAUUUCAAUUAUUUGUAUGAUUUUAAUAACUGUCAGCUAUUAAAAUUAUCGAAUCAUUUUAAUCGCUUCGAGAACCCAGAUUACAUCUCCUAUCUUGCACGCAUAAACAACCAGCGAAAUGGCACAUUAACUUCAUAUGACUUCAUAUUUUAUUUUUUAUUUCUCUCUCUUUCUAUCUACGAGCGAUCAAUCGAAAGUACCGUCCAGCAGAUCGGUCCAGUUUGUAAUUCUUCGAACGAUUAUUUGUGUGAACCUAAUCGUUUUUUAAACAUCUUGUUUGAGACGUGCACAUUUUGUCGAAUUCAAUCCUCCUGUAAUAUACUUGGAACAUUUUCAAUUUGCACAUUUCGCAAGUUACCUUGUAUUAAAUUAUUAUAACGAAUGCUGUUUUAACGACCAGAAAGACAAUUUUAGUUUCAGAGGUUUCAGAGGAGGAAAAGAACAAAGAUUUAUUUGUCAAAAAAAGAACUUCUACAAUUUCAACAAUGAGAUAUUCCCAUUAAAAAGUGCACCGUAUAUAGAGAUUUCGAGAACAGAUCUUCUAUUUUCUAUUCCGAGUUUCUCGUAUUUUUGUUUAUCGACUUUGUGCUAUUUUCUAGCAUGCGAAAAUAUUUGAUGGGCGAUCCAAUUAGUCGUCACUAUUCAAGACUGAUACUUUUAGAAUUAGGACAAUGUCUUCUGCGGUCUUGCGUUUGACGAAUCGCACUAAUGCGAAAACACGCAAAGUUCUACAUAUGCCGUCGCGAGUUUUGCCUAAUUUGACUUUGGUGCGCAGCUUGCAACGCUGCUUUCUUUUUUAUAAUAUAAUACCUACCAGUCCGUAUAUUUGUACGAUAAAUUUACGCGUAAACGCGAACGGCUAUGGUCAUCGAACAUCGAAAUGUACAGUGUUCGCCACCUCGCAGGACGACUCGUUGCACAGGAUAAGCUCUCGACGUUAGAAGUCAGUCGUCCUGGCAAAUUAUUGCCUAAUUACCAUUUCCGGAAACUGCCACAUAGGUAUACCGAAUGGCACUAAGAUUCCUCAAUGAAAGACGAAUACGUAAUACGCGUGUACAGUGAAAUGAACGUGCGAGAUAUUGUAUGUUGGGGAAUGCGAAUCGCAUAUGACAAUUUUAUCAAAUAUAACGAUUUUGGACCGCAGCGUCUCAUGAGAACGGUCGCUCAGGCUGGCUCGAGUUUCUCUAAAAAUUAUAAUCAUUGUAAAUUAUGAAUAAAAAAAAAAAAGAGAAAAGAGAAAAAAAUAAAAUGACAAUCGCGUUUCGUUGACGCGAUCUCGCGUUUCGCGCUUCGCGCAACGCGAGAGUACCGUGGAUGAUAAGUCAGUAUUGCGAGAGAUAAGAUUGGGAGAGAGAGAUACGUUUCUUCUCUAUUGAGAUAAGUCAGAACGAUGUAAUGUAAAUGUAAAAUGAUUUAUAUUUGCGUGUCAUGUUGUAGAUAAUAAUCCUAAUCUGAGAUGUAACGGUCUCCGCGUUUCUCUGCCAGGUUCUACAUGAGUUAUUGAGCGCGCCGACGAUCCAGGGAAAAUUUUUCAUGACUGUUAAUGAGAUAUUUGCAUUUGUUAUUCCUAUUAAUGUUCUUAUUACUUGUACUAUUAGUAUUGUUAUUAUUCCUUUACCAUUAUUUUAGUACUAUUUUUUUUAAUAUAGCUAUACGUUUGCGAUAUCACUAUGAUUAUCAUGUUUGCGCUGUUACGUUACACAGUUACUGACAUCGCCAUUAUUGUCGUCAUUACUGUAAUUAUUUAUAAUAUGAAAGAAAAACAUCUUGCCUAGUAACGAACGUUUCAAUUUUCGAUGAUUCAGUAUAACGUUUCGGCUAGAUAUGAUUUUGUACAAUGUAUUAACACACUGGGCGCUGUAAAUAUUAUACAUAUUUUAUAAAUGAAAUAUUUAGUGUGAUUGUAAUAUUACAAUAAUGUACUGAAAGCACCACUCUGUACACUCCACUAAAUACAUGGGUUAAAUUUUAAUAAAUACUUCCUGACCCC